AUGCCCGACGUUGACUCUAUACCAAAGCCACUCGCCGUCGGUAUCGUCGGUGGGGGGAUUUCGGGACUCUACACCGCACUCCUCCUUCAACGACAAGGUCAUCAUGUCCGAAUCUUUGAGGGCUCCGGCCGCAUAGGAGGUCGUGUACACACCCACUAUUUUACCACCGAAGAGAACCAGUAUUACGAGGCCGGCGCGAUGCGUGUACCGAAGUCGGUCUUUCACCGAAUCUUCUACCAGCUCGUCGACUAUGUCAACUCUCAGGAUCCAGCCAACAAUCUCGAUCUGAUCGAGUACAUCCUGACUAGUCCCGGAAAUGAUGUCUACUUUGGGGGCGAGCGAAUCGAAAUUCAAGCAACCGACACAACUCCGGCCAUUUUAGGUUGGGAGGUCCCCCCCGAGUACAUGCACAAGACUGCCCAAGGCUUGCUCACUGAGGCCGUCGGUGGCUUCGUUGAGAGACUCAAGCAGAAUUUCGAGACAGAGUUCAACAACAUUGUCAGGGACUUGGACCACUUUACCUUUCGAUUCUACUGCCAAUCCGUCAUGGAUUGGCCGGACAUCAUCAUAGAUUUCGUCGAAACAGUCAUGUCUCAGACAAACCAGUUUUCCCUCAGUGUCCCUGAGCUCAUCAUGCAGAGCAUGGACUUCGACGAAAAGGAGUGGCGGACUAUCAAGGGGGGGAUGAGUCGCCUGCCUCAAGCCAUGGCCAAGCUGGUUGGGUACAAAAACAUCACGUUUGGCGCGCGUGUAACGGGGCUCCACAUGGUCAAGUACGACGAUGGAAGAAGCAAGGCUCGAAUCACUGCAACGGGCUACAAUGGCAUCCUCAGGGCCGAUUUUGACCGAGUUGUCUUUGCCAUUCCGCCAGCGGCCCUGCGAAUGAUUGUCGACCGCCCGCGUUGGAGCGUCGAGAAGGAGAUGGCAAUCCGAUCGAUGCACUUUGAGGCUCUGUACAAGAUGGGCUUGCGUUUCAAGACUCGUUUCUGGGAGCGAGUCGAACCAAACCCUUCCGUGGGUGGGCAGAGCACUACCGAUCUCCCCAUACGAUGGAUCGUUUUCCCGUCCAACGGCAUCGAAAGGGACGGUAUCGAUGGUCGUGGUACCAGGGACAAGGGCCCCGGUGUUCUCCUUGUCUAUGCAUGGAUGACGGACGCAUCAAACUGGUUGCCUCUCACAGCCCUCGAGAGACGUGCUCUUGCGCUUAACUGUAUCGACGAGAUGUAUCGCGGCCGAACGUACGACGGCGGGACCCCCGUCAACGUGUAUGACCUUCUCAUCGAGAGCUCAGAUGCCGUCUGGUCCGCCUCAACCGCUACAGGAGACGCAAUGUUCCUGCCCGGUCAAUUUCAUCGCUUCAAGGAAGCUUGCAAGCCCGAAGAACAUGGAAUGGUCUACUUUGCUGGCGAGCAUCUAUCCUACCACCACACGUGGAUUUCCGGGGCUGCAAUCUCGGCGCUGAACGUUGUGAGGGAAAUGCUCGAUAAGCCUCAUCUGCCUCCCUUGCAGCGUCCAUUACCUCAGUCAGCGGAGCAACCCGUCCCCCGCGACAGUGAUGGAUCAGAUCACGCCCAAGACGUGGUCCCUGGGGCUACUGUCGAACAAAUUGUCUCUCUUAGCGGCAAGAACGACCAUGAAAAGGUCGAAUUUGUGUUCCGAGUCCAUAAUCCUGGGUUCAGCCCCGGGCACGACAUUAUACGUCGUUGGCCACCUCGCUCGGAUAGUGAGCGCGAUCAGGAGUAUGCUUUCCCGACACAACUGGGGACGUCGGGUGUAGCCAUGGGAGCAGUUGUUACGGAACUGAAGGCGGCGAGCGCUACUGGGAAGGCCCAACAGGAAAUUCGAAAGCGUGAUACGGGCAAUUAA